UUACCAAUUUAUCCGGAUAUCAGUUCCAUUUUUGCUGGUUGAAUCUCUCACUGGAAUGGCCACCCUAUCCUUUAAUUAUUUGCAAAGGUGCCACCCCACCACCACACUGAUCAAAACAAGCGGUUUGCUUUCUCGCUCUAAAAAUGGGCUCUUCUCUCUAACCCACCCUUCUAUCUUUUCAUAUUCUCUGUCUUUUCUCUCUUUGGAGCCCAAAUGGCUCAGAAAUUUUGCGGUCCAUGCGGAAAACCCUAACAGGAAUGUCGAUAAACAGCAGCUCAAUCUCUCUGUAUUACGUUUCACACUGGGAAUCCCUGGUUUUGAUGAGUCCAAUUUGCCCAGACUACUUGGCUCUGCAUUUGGGUUUUUGCUGCUAUUAAACCAUUUUCUUGGCGUGAACUCUGUGACACCUGCACAGCUGAGAUCAGAAGUUGUAGGCAUCUGCUUGGCCGCCUUUUCAAUCACUCUCCCUUAUAUCGGAAAGUUUCUGAAGGGCGCCAAUCCAGUGGAGCGCCAAUCCCUGCCAGAAGGGAACCAGCAGAUAUUUAUUCUGCCAGAAAGUGUAUCGGAUACUGUAAAGGAGGAUUUGGCUUGGGUAUCAUAUGUCUUGCUUCGGAAUACGAACACCAUAUCGGUGCUCAUCUAUGUCAAUGAUGCACUCUGCGUUCGUGGAUACUGGAAUACUCCACCAGAUGCAUCGAAAGCUCAACAAACCAAAUGGUUCAAGGAAAACAUCGAACAGAUAGGAUUUGCCAGCUUGAAUGAGGCACUAUAUUUCCCCCAAAUGAGAGAAUCAGAUCUUCAGAAUAUGUUACCAAAGGGAGCAGUUUCAGUGUUGGUAGAACCAGUGCUUGGAGUUCCUGAGAAUUCGAAGCCAUCACAAGGGUUCCUCUUGUUGGCAUCAAGUAUGGGCUAUGCAUAUCUAGAGAGAGAUAGGGCUUGGAUAAGAGCCUUGGCAAACAAAUUCAGAACCCGUGAGAGAAAGCCAGGAAAUAGCUAAAGGGAUGAGGUCAACACUCAUGCCAUUCUAUUCAUGCAUAACAAGAGAGAGAGAGAGAGAGAGAGAGAGGAGGAGUA